AUGGCCCUACUACACAGUGGCAAGACCUCUCUCUGGAUGCAGCAUCUCUUUUCAUAUACAACGCCUACGAAGCUACGGCCAACAGCUUGGCUCGAUGGACUUCGAGGAGUGGCUGCGUUCGAGGUCACCCUCUUCCACUAUGCCGAUGUGUGGACACUCACAGACAUGGCAUAUGGUGUCGAGGGAUCGCGUGGACAAUGGCUUCGCUUGCCAAUGAUUCGCAGCUUCUACAACUCUGGAAGAGCCAUGGUCUGUGUUUUCUUUGUCAUUUCUGGCAUCGUCUUGACACAGCGGACACUCAUGCUUCUUCGAAGGCACGACAUGGAAGCAGCCUAUAGUUCUCUGACAUCCUCCGUUUUUCGUCGGGCGCUGCGUCUCUUUCCUUCACCAGUCAUCUCCACCUUCAUGGCACUUCUUCUGUUUCGCAUCUUUCGCAUCCAGCCUUUUGGCUCGAAUGAAGAGACUGUGCCUUACUUCCCCAGCAUACUCGACCAAAUAGCACACUGGACCAAAGACACAGUUCGCUAUUUGAACCUAUUUGAGCCCAACCUCAAGAGUGCCAUUGUCGAGGGGCAAUUCAUUGGCCACGCUUAUGCCAACAUCGUAUGGACCAUCCCCAUGGAGUUUGCUGGUUCCCUUGCCUGCUACAUCCAAGUGCUGGGUACGGCAAAACUGCAGCCACGCGUCAGAAACGCGGUUCUCCUUGGUACGGCCCUCUGGGCUAUCAUGACUUAUCGCUGGGCGCUCUUCAACUUCAACAUUGGCAUCAUUCUUGGUGAUGUGAUGCUGGCAGAAUCCCUCGAGUCGACACAAUCCGCUUCGCAUCAUUCGAAGCUAGGGUACAUCCUUUUGUUUCUAGCGGGUAUCUACAUGGCUGGCAUGCCGAUGCGCGGGCCGCUCGACAGCCACGAGCCAGCAUUUGGCUACAACACAAUAUGGCGUCUCACACCAGAACGGCUGCUCAACUUCAACUUCAACUUUACAUGGUGGUCCUUGGCAGGCAUCGCCAUUCUUUGGUCUUGCUAUCGAUUGGCCUUUUUGCGACGCAUUUUGGAAGGCGGCUUUUGUCAAUACCUCGGCAAGCUUUCCUUUGCCAUCUACUUGACACACAUCAUGGUGCGCGAUUGCAUAGGCCAGCAGCUCAAGACGAUCUUGUUGUAUCAGUUUGGUUGCGACGAGGCUUCGUCUGCGAUUCGGCAAACGAUUCCUCUCCUGCUUUGGUAUGCAGUCCUGCUCGUGGUCACCUUUUUCGUCUCGGGGCUAUUUGAGAAGCACAUUGACGUUCAUGUCAUCCAAUUCGCCAAAUAUGUCGAGGAACGCAUGACGGCUCUCGAUAAAGCUCCAGCGGAUGUGCCACUGCAGACGUUGCCUACAGCCUCGGUUUGA